GGCGGGUGACAAAGCCAAUCGAUGAGCCGCGGCACGCGAGCGCGAAGCGCGCAAUUAAAGCAGGACCACAAAUGAGAGCGAGCAGGCAAACAGCGGGACCACGACUACGCGAGGACGUUCGACGGCACCGCCGAGUUCAACUCUUCGGGUGAACCGGUGGUAUUUCCAAAACAGGAACAGAAAGAAAAGGCUGCCGCCGCCUGCAGCCAUAGUGAAAGCGGUUCAUGAUGAAGAAAAGCUGCAGUGUUCAAGGAGUCACUUCGGGAGACGAGAAGACCCAUCCUCCCGGCUGUCAAAGUCCCUCGGGCAGCACCCUCGGAGUCGAGCCGUGUAAGGUCCACCGGCGCUUUUCCGGCAACUUGCAGCUGCCUCCGUUGUCAUGGCGACAAGCCGACAAGGAGCGAGAGCGGAGACGUUCGCUAACCCCGGAGGAAGACCCCGUCACUCCGGCCAGGCCCACCAGUCUACCGCUCGCUUCCCUCCCCCGGAUCGACAUCACAAAGGCGGACCCCGACAGCUCAGAGGGAGAGAACGGCGGCCCGUCGUCGUGCCGUAGCCCCUCGGAGCCGCAAGCGUCCCCGGGUUCGGGUCUGGUUGUGCAUCCCAACCCGGCGAGCCACGGCCAGCGUCGAGAGUCUUUCCUGUACCGCUCCGACAGUGACUACGAAUUGUCCCCCAAGUCUCUUUCUCGAAACUCUUCCAUCGUUGGAGAGCUGCACGGGGAGGACUUGAUCGUGACUCCCUUUGCCCAGGUUCUGGCGAGCCUGCGCACCGUCAGAAACAACUUCAGCACAUUGACAAACGUGCAAUGUGCAUCCAAUAAGAGGUCUCCUGCGGCUAACCAACCUCCUCCAAAACUCAGUUUGUCAGAUGAGUCUUACCAGAAGCUGGCCAUGGAGACUAUGGAUGAGUUAGACUGGUGUCUGGACCAGUUGGAGACCAUCCAGACCUACCGCUCCGUCAGUGACAUGGCAUCCAACAAGUUCAAAAGGAUGCUGAACCGGGAGCUGAGCCACCUGUCUGAGAUGAGUCGCUCAGGGAACCAAGUGUCAGAAUACAUCUCCAACACAUUCCUAGACAAACAGAAUGAGCUGGAGCUUCCGUGUCCCGUUCCCAAAUCGAGGGAAAGGAAGCGGCGGCAAGGCCAGCAGCAGCAGCAAGGCGGGAUGAUGACUCACAUCGGCGGGGUCAGGAAAGUCAGCUACACGCCGGGCAUCUCUGGAGGCGCCGCCACCGCCGCCAAUCGCUUUGGGGUCAAGACGGAUCAGGAGGAACUGCUGUCUAAGGACCUGGAGGGCAUCAAUAAAUGGGGACUGAAUAUCUUCCGGGUGGCAGAGCACUCCCACAACCGACCCCUCACUUGCAUCAUGUACGCCAUCUUUCAGGAGCGAGACCUGAUGAGGACCUUCAAGAUUCCAACGGACACCUUUGUGACGUUCAUGCUCACCCUGGAGAGCCACUACCACUCUGACGUGGCUUACCACAACAGCCUGCACGCUGCCGACGUGGCGCAGUCCACUCACAUCCUGCUGUCCACGCCAGCGCUAGACGCCGUCUUCACCGAUCUGGAGAUCCUGGCGGCUAUUUUUGCAGCCGCCAUUCAUGAUGUGGACCACCCGGGCGUGUCCAACCAGUUCCUAAUCAACACCAACUCCGAACUGGCUCUGAUGUACAACGACGAGUCGGUGCUGGAGAACCACCACCUGGCCGUGGGCUUCAAACUGCUGCAGCAAGACAACUGCGACAUCUUCCAAAACCUCGGCAAGAAGCAGAGGCAGACACUCCGGAGGAUGGUCAUAGACAUGGUUUUGGCCACGGACAUGUCCAAACACAUGAGCCUGCUGGCAGACCUAAAAACCAUGGUGGAGACCAAGAAGGUGACCAGCUCGGGAGUGCUUCUACUGGACGACUACACAGACAGGAUGCAGGUUCUUCGUAACAUGGUCCACUGCGCCGAUCUGAGCAAUCCCACCAAGCCUCUGGAUCUGUACCGGCAGUGGACCGACAGGAUCAUGGACGAGUUCUUCCACCAGGGAGACCGAGAGAGGGAGCGGGGGAUGGAGAUCAGCCCCAUGUGUGACAAGCACACGGCGUCCGUGGAGAGAACGCAGGUGGGCUUCAUCGACUACAUCGUGCAUCCUUUGUGGGAGACGUGGGCCGACCUGGUCCACCCGGAUGCCCAGGACAUCUUGGAUAUGCUGGAGGACAAUCGGAACUGGUACCAGAGCAUGAUCCCCCAGAGUCCCUCCCCUCCCUUCUACUCCGGCGACGGGGGCCCACACGGGGAGACGGAGGGCCUCCCGCUUGCCAGCAAAUUUCACUUUGAGCUAAUGCCGGACGAGCGGGAAGAACGCGAGAACGCGCCGACGACGCUCCCGGCGGCGCACGACGUCUCUCCGGCCGAGACUUAGCCGCUCCGGAGCGAGCGGGCGCUAGCUCGGAAGAUUGCGGCACCUCUCGGAGAUCGUGUUGAACUGCAGUGGAGCAAUCCUGCAGCGGCGGCUCUUUGGAGCUUCCCGAGAACACGCGGCUGACGACCGCGGCGGUUUGCUUUUGAAAGCGGCCGGCCCGCUUGCUUCUAUUGAAGCUCGCAAACGCGCCGGCUGCUGUCCCAAAGGAAGGCCAAGUGCACUUGUCGGAGCGGUGGGAAAAAUCCCCAACCUGCGCUUCGGGACGUUUGUUGAAUUCAUUUGCAAACAGAAGCACGCUACUGGUAACCAAGACGGGUUUUUAUUUGUCUCUCCCUCUCUCUCCAGUGUCUUAAAAAUGAUUGUGUGCCUUUUUUUUUCUAACAACCAUGUCCUUUUGUAUUUGUUUUUUUCUAAUUUAUUGAACACAUUCAUGUAGCUGUGAUAGCUUUUUGUACAGAGCACACAAGGUGUUUGUCUCACACAGUCUUCCUAAAGUUGUGGCUGGCAAUAGCGUAAACUCUUCCUCACCGAGCGGCACCAAUUUCAGCGCUCGCAUCUCCAGAUCAAAGAUCACUUUGACUUCCCAGUACUUUUUUUGCACUUUGCGGCCCAAAGUGAGGACACCAAUGGUUAAUACGUCAAACCAAAAUGGGUGUGUACGUGUGUGUGUUUUUCCUCAAAUCCAAAAAUGUUGUCAUUUUGAUGGUAUUGCCGCCAUCUUGUAAAAGUGUGAAAAGGGAGGAUGCUAAAAGCCAACCAUAAGUUUGUUUCAAGGAACCCUAACCCCGUGAUUCGUUGCGAGCGAUGUAAUAAUGGUAUCUUGCCGUUUUGAUUGUGGCACUUUGCCGACGGUUCUGCAGCUGGUUGCUGAUCUGUCAACAUUACCUUCCAGGUACCGCGUGCUGGCUUUUUGUGUGUGUAAAAUGAUCAGAGAAUUGCACAGACUCUGGUUGCACCCAGUGUUGUGUUGUUUCUUUCAUUUAUUCUCUUUUCCUUGUACAGUGUUAUUGUUGUGUUAUUUAUACGCACAAACACGUCAAAUCAGUUUGAGCAAACCGGUCCGGUGGCUCCAUGCUCGGCUCUUUUGUUGACGUGACGUGAUGCGGUUCCAAUUGGAACUUUUGGAAAAGUACUGUACUUUUGAAUCCACCUCGCUCGGGGUGCAAAUUAUGUUUCACUUCAGCUAUUCAAGUUCUCCAUCAACGUGUACGGUGACGGGUCAUUGUACAAUAUCGGUGCCGCCAAAUUGAUUUUUUUUUCCACGAGUAAGAUGCUAUAUGUUGUGCUCAACAAAUGUUUUUCUGUCCGAUUAUUAAAACGGGCGUGAAUGACAAUA